AAUGGAUGAUAAUUAUAGAGAUGAAUUUCAAGGUUCAGAGUCUGAAAUCGUUAAAAGAUCAGACGAGAUGUAAUUUAAGUGUAUACGCAUAUCGAUAGCAUUUUCGAUAUACUUAAUAUUUCAAAUAUUGGCUCUAAGGAUAGAGUAUUAGAUAUAAUGGAUUUAUAUUGCAAUAGUAUUCAUUAUUUGUGAUACUAUCAUAUGGAUCUUAACUAGUAUAUGGUUAUGUACUGAAUAUUUAUUUUAAUAGUUUAAUAGCAAUAUCCAAGAAUAGCUAAAGUGUUCUUAGGAAUAGCCCAACAUUCCACUUUUGGACUUAUACCUGUUUUUAUUCUGCUUCUUUGUUUGCAGUUGGAUUAAAUUAUUAAUUAGAAUUCCAUUCUAAUAGCAUUUCCAUUGUUUACAUGGGAAAUCUUACUGUUAUCAUUUUUGAUUUUCAUUAUACCUGGAUUAUGUGAUGAUAAUUAAGGAUCUAAGAAAUGGGUAGCCGUAAUUAUUCUAUAUUACAUUGCUAUUAUAUACACAGAGAUAACUACACUAAUACAAUUGCAAUUUAAAUUUAAUUGGUUUUGGGUAACAUCCUUACUAAUUUUUACAUUUUUUUACCAUAUUAUUAUACUAAUAACCGACUAUACUAUGACUGUGAUCUGGCCAUGCAUUAUUUUAACUACAUGUAUUUUCUGUUUAUAUUAAUAUACAUACAUUUUGAAUGAAAUAAGUAAAGAUCAAAAUAAAUAAAUACAAUAUUUGGCAAUCAUACCAAUGUGUGUGAUCAGUUUUAUUAAUUUCAUUAAAUAAAUCAUAGUGUGA